CGCGAGAGUUGUGUAGAAUGACGUGGAUACGCCUCCAGUGUUUACAACGUGAACAGUUAUGGCGGGACAGCUAAAGGAGCGUCUUAAGGACGCUGUAAAGAUCCUGGGAUGUGGCAGCACCUUAUUCAUGGGAUACCUCACUGCGACCGGGGACGAGCGCUUCUAUUCUACCGCCCUCAUGCCCGUGCUGCAAAGACUUGUGGGAGCAGAAACGGCUCAUGUCAUGGCUGUGCGCUUCCUCAGCUUGGGCCUGGUGCCUAGAAAUCGCUACAAGGAUCCUGCAUCAUUGGAGGUAAAUGUGCUGGGACGGAGGUUCGGGAAUCCUCUUGGGAUUGCAGCAGGCUUUGAUAAGCACAGUGAGGCGGUGGAUGCUCUGUAUCGCCUCGGCUUUGGCUUUGUCGAGGUAGGCACGGUCACCCCAAAACCACAGGAGGGAAAUCCAAAACCCCGUGUGUUCAGACUCCAGGCUGACCAGGCCGUUAUUAACAGAUACGGUUUUAACAGCUGUGGCAUUGUAGCUGUUCAGGAGAGAUUAAAAGCCAGGGAAGGAGUUCAGUCUAAACUCACGAAAGCAGGCAAACCGCUAGGCAUCAACCUGGGGAAGAACAAGCUGUCCACAGAUGCCGUGGCUGAUUAUCUGGAGGGAGUGAGGACGCUUGGCCCCCUCGCUGACUACCUGGUCGUGAACGUGAGCAGCCCGAACACUCCAGGCCUCAGAGACCUGCAGGGGAAGAAAGAACUGCGCCAUCUCCUGGAGCAGGUACUGAAAACGAGAGAUACUCUGCAGGGGGUGAAUCGGCCACCGGUAAUGGUUAAGAUUGCUCCAGAUCUCUCCCAGCAGGACAAGCGGGACAUUGCAGAGGUCGUCACAGAGCUCGGUGUGGACGGGUUAAUCGUCUCCAACACUACGGUGUCCAGGCCGGAGACCCUGCAGGACCCCAACAGGAACGAGGCGGGGGGUCUGAGCGGCCAGCCGCUUAAAGAACUGUCCACUCGCACAGUACGGGAGAUGUACACCUUAACCAAAGGGAAGGUGCCCAUCGUCGGUGUAGGCGGCGUGGCUAGCGGACAGGAUGCCCUGGAUAAGAUCCGUGCCGGAGCAUCUCUUGUUCAGCUCUACACAGCACUGGUGUAUCAGGGUCCUCCAGUCAUAACCAAGAUCAAAAGGGAACUGCACGAGCUCUUAACGGAACAAGGAUUCAGCAGUGUAUCAGAAGCAGUAGGUGCUGAUCAUAGGACUGAUGGUGUGGCGUCGUCACAAACAGGACGAUCAACAGUGAAUUAGGCCCAGCUAAAACACAGCUCAUGUGCAACUCUCCAGCUCCAUGCAGAGCCUCAGACUGGUGUUAGAUGGUGGAGUCUGGUUUCCAGCGCCAGAUCUUCUUCUUUACAUGACCCGAUUUGGGGCUUCAGAGAACCGACGCAUGACCCUGAGCUGCAUUCUGAUGCUGGACAGUGGAAUUAGAAAAAUUGAUGGGAUACAAGGUGAUGUGAUGAAACUCAAGUCAAGCAUCAGUAUUGUGACUCAAGACAGAGAGAAACAGUGUUGUGAUGGACAGAGACUUAAUCCUGACAAGUAAACAAGCUGAAGAUGGAGCAGAUUUUGUAAAGAUUUAGUGAUGUGACUUGUCAGAUUUUAAUAAUGUAAUAAUAAUAAAUAUCACUUAAACAACAA